AUGGCGUCAAACCCGCAAUCAAACACAUCGCUUACCUGGACGCCAUCAUACAAAGAAGAUGAGACCAAAGUGGGCUUCCUGGACUUACCGCGCGAACUUCGAGACCUAGUCUACGAGUUUGCAUUCCGCAUCCCAGGCGCGAUUCUUGUCUACUCGCGAGACCCCUUCGCAGUCCGACCUGUCGCUCGAGCGAUGAACAUCCGACACGGCGGUGACGGACCGAUUGAACCCCAACCGCUGAGCACCGGCCAGAUUCCAGUAGCGCUCUGGAGAACAUGUCGACAACUUCGAGCAGAGAGCAGCCCCGUUUUCUAUGGAACGAACGUUCUCUCUUUCUGGGCUCUGGGCAACAUCGACGUGGGACUUGCUAACAUGUGUUUGGUGCGGCACGUUGUGACUGAAGCAAGUCCUCGCGGUAUCUUUGACAAAUCUCUCGAGCAUGUGAGCUAUUGCUGGAAGAGACGGUUUUGGCCUGAGAUAUUACGCAAUAGCGAUGCUAUCAUGAAGCAGUUUCCAAACUUGGAGACGUUGACAUUUUCGUUGAAGCCGCCGCGUGGGGAGAUCUGGACACCGGCUUUCUUCGCUGUGGCUAACAAGACGAGGGAGCAGCGUAUCGAUCUCGUUGCUACUUGGAUGAGUCAAAGAUGUUCUUGGGAAGACGAUCGGUUGCGUCAAAUCUUGCAUCUCGAAAUGGUGCCAUCCCCUGGGCUGUCGAGGCGUGAAUAUGCGGGUUCACGGUUCAUACCCGAAGAUGACGAUGUCUGGGACUGUACCGAGUUUGCGGAUGCGUUUGAGCAGAUGAAAAGCUCGAUUCAACUGGAUGCGAGUGUUGAUGCGUCGAUUGGAUAG